AUGAAUGAACACGACUCGGAUGCCCACUCUUCAACAAAUGGGUCAGACGGCGUUGACUCCGUUGCUGGCUCCCCCACCGAGUCAGUCCACAGCUAUGUGCGCCCUCGUCCGCAGAGAGGUGCCAGGGUGGCUUUUGCGCCGCCAGAUUUGUCCUCAACAUCAUCAGCGACUACAUCGGAGUUCGUUCGUCCUCGACCAAGAAGUCCAUCGCGGCCCAGUUACAGAUCCCGAUUAAGGACCCGGUCCUAUGAGACCAUUAGGAUACCCGCCAGGGCAGAUUGGGACGAUAUAUCACCGCCUCGAUAUAAAUCGAAUACUCCUCACGCUUACACUUCAAACGGCUCUCGCGCUUCCACUUCGGCUAGCGCUUACACUUUCAAUUCAAGCCGACCACCCACUCUAGGCCUUUCAAGCGGCCCUGACUACUUUGAAAGACAUCUGGAUGAGGACGAUACAUCGCCGCCUCGGUACAAUUCAGAAGGGCCCGAAAGAUACGAAGACGUUUACGAAAAUGACUUCGAUGAAGUUGCAUCUGAUUUUCCAGAAUCAUUUCUUCGUCGUCCAACCCAUCGACGGAGAGGACAGGAUAUCUCCACAUUCGCGAUUUCAAAUGCCAGCCGAAGACCCCAAUACCUCCACAGAGACCACGAUGACCUCGCGGAUGACUCUGAUGAAGAGCGUUUCACAGUUCACCACGUCAUUAACGUUCAUCCCUCUCGCUCCGCUGCCAGCCAUGGAAAUGAAGAACAGAAGUGGCUCGGAAGCAGGGUGUUCACUCAUCAAUCCUCGUUUAAUCACGAUGAAAAAGCCUUUCUGGAGACUUAUCAUAUUAUCCAGUCACGACUAAUCCCUCGCUCUGAGGAUGAAUUGCAUGACCGAGCAAUUCUUACGUACGAGGAGAAAGCCGCAUCGUCCAAGACAGAAAUUCAAUGGGUUAUUACCGGAGGUUUGACUAAAGCAUUGAAGAUGGAAGCUCUGCGUCAGCAAAAUAUUCCAGAAACGACCAGCAUUCUUAUCCGCUCAGCAUUCAGAUACCUCCGGCAACGAAAUGAGAAAUCAUAUGUGCACGGGAGGUUUCUCGAUCCAACUGCGCUGAGCUUCGUCGCCAGGGAUGAUGACGACGAGAUACUGCUAAGAGAAGAAUUGGCAUCGAUUGCAUUUUUAGCUUUUCCAUACUUCAGUCUCGAGCCGCUACACGUUGAAGACCCCUCUCCUGCGGAACCGAUACACCCGGUGAGAAGUCUUCUUCAGUUUCAUUAUUCAUUCCAGUCGACUGGGCAGCGGGAUACGGAUCAAGUUGUUCGCAAAGUUCUAGAGGUGUCAGAUGUGCUUCAUGUGCCCCAGACAUGGAUGCUUCUGAUCAAUGAAGGUAUGUUCCAAUUGACCGGGCAUGAGCCCGAACGACCUCGCUCGUAUUGGGGGGAGUAUGUUUCCCUCGAAAAGGCGAAAGUGGGAGGUGCAAUGCCCCAGAUCCGAUUGAUCGACUUCGAAGGGAAACAGUACUUUCUCCCAAAACGGAGCUGUCAGACAUGGUUGGAGUUCAUCAGCAUGUUCAGCUCAAUGGAAGAAGAUAACACAGUGCUGACUUCCUUCAUAAAUGGCUCCUGGAGCGACGAAUACGAGCUACGGCUUGGGAACGAGCUUAUCUCGGAAGCAAACUGGUCAGAAACUGUUCUCCGGGCUGAAAGUGAUAUAACGAUCUAUAUCGUCGAGAAGCCCCCACGGCCUUUGCCUCGUCGUUCGCGACCCUCGCGAUCGUACAACUCCAUGCUGAGAAAAAGAUCGUCUAUAUACUCUGCCUCGAAUAUAACACGCGACGACAUUCUCGUUCGACAUCCGAUGUACAUCAGCAGUCAGCACAGAGACGACGGCGACUCAAUACGCCAAUACCAUACCAAUGCCGUUAAAAGACAUGCUUGGCAAAGUGACAAGAAACCAAUUCGUUUGAAGGAUCUGAAUGGUUUCGAACUGAGUAUUCCCUGGCGUGUUGGCAAGACCUGGCGGAAAAUGCAAUCCGUAAUUGGUACAAAGAUGCAGCAGAGCUAUGUUUCUCGGCGUCCUUAUACUAAUGGGGAUUACAUCUUGAUUGGUCCGGAUGGGCCCAUCACGCCCGCAGAAUGGGAUGAAAAAAUCCGUCCUGGCUGUACAGUUGAGCUCAAACUUACUGGACCUGAGACCAUUGGACGAAUGUCGAGGCCUCGCUCUCGCUAUAGGGACUCAAGAUCGGACCCCGGAGACGAGAACUCCAUCAACACUGCAGUCCAGCCAUAUUCAUUCACGCCAAGGCCUCUGGAAAGAAUCGACACAUCCCGUCAGAUUGAGUAUCCUGGGAAUUCUUCAGAUGGCGUUUCUGCCCGGGAUGCAAACUCUGAGACUCCUGGCGAGCCCAACGAAUCUGCUAGCGUCCAUGAUAUCGAGAACGUUGCGAGUGGGUCCAAUCUGACGAUGAGAGCAAUUCAGCCUGAGCCCUCGUCGCAGAUGUCUCUGGUUCUCCGUAGAAAUUCUCCUCUCAAUUUGGAUACAAACAUUUAUACAGCAACUGGAGAACAACAUGACGGAGUCCCAAGGCUAUCCCGAAGAUCGACUGGUACCCAGAGCUUUGUUGAAGAUUUCGACGAGGAUACUGCUGAGGAUAGUAUCCCUACCGAAAAAACCUCCUCCGUAGACUUUGCAUAUCCUUUGCCUUCUGUGGGAAGAGCCUCAGGCGAUCGUCGCGGAUUAUCUUUAACGACUCGCUCGGACAAAACCUCGUCGAGCUCGACUGAGUCUAGCAAGCGGGACUCAUCAUCGCAACUAGCAAGCCCAGAGGAGCCUGCAGCAGACGCACAGCCGGAGACUGGUAAAGAAACAACACGAAUGUGUCCGAUCUUUGCUUGGAAGGUUGCAACAGGCGAUGAUCUGCCACCUACACUGAUGGAGACAAGCGAGCCAAUGUUUGGUUACAAAGAUGCGGAUGGGACUAUUCGCGCGAUAUUGGAAGAACGAGAGGCAGAGGCAACACUCUAUCUCCUCAAGCAUGGGCGAGAAAAGUACUACUUCGACUCAAUUCCAGAGUGUUCACGGAGAGAAGUCCUUGCCGAGAUGAAAGUCGUUGACACUCCUCUAGACCGGUCUUCAGCGGCUGAAAGAUCUGUCGGGAAAAAGUCCACGCAGAAAAAGCUAAAGUUGAUCUCCAACGCGAUUGAAAUUCUGGAUGCGUUCGUGCCUGUGCAGUAUCAGAAUAACCAUCAGUAUUUGUUGAUCAAGAAAUUCUACGGCGCAUUGCUAGCAAUAACGUCUGGCUAUUUCAAUGAUGCCUAUCUCGACAAAAUUGGUGGUCGUAUAUCCGCUUUUCUCAAAUAUAUUAGGCAAAUUCACGCUCGGGUCUCACACGGUGUUGAUGAGCAACACCGGACCUUCUACCUUCCCAAGGCCUUGGUUGAUGCCUUCAACCCCAUGAUUAUAUACGUCUGCAUUUCUAGUCAGGAGUUUGGACUAGAUUGGGGUCUUCUUGACCCAUGUGCGAGAAAAACCCUCAAAUCUCUUAAAACUGCCGAAUAUCAGCUCAUUUCCAUGAUCCAUGCAGGCGACUUCAGCGAAGCCAAAGUUUUCCGAAGCGUCAACGCCCAGGACAUUGUGACCAUGGUAACAGAGCGCUUGGUGCGAAUCCCGAAUGAGAAUACGAGCGGGAUAUCCUUGUCAGAUGGGUUCAAUCUAUUGCAAAUCUAUCGACAGUAUAUCUUGGGCCUGGAACUACAAGCUCGGACAUCUCCAAAUGCUGAAAUCUUUGACGAAAUACAACGACUCCGAGAAGAGCUGAAUAUUGUCCAUACCGUACUGGACCAGCAGCUGGAGGUUCUUGACAGGCUUCGUACGGUGUGGACCAGUCUCAGACAUCCCCGUUACCAAAUCAGCCUGCAAAGCAUCCGCCAAAGCCGCAGGCUGCUCAAACAAAUGAAAUGUGAUUUAGAUGAGCUAGAGCUUAUGUCCGACAAGACAUCCAUGCUGCUACGGUCCAUGAUCGAAGUGCGAAAAGAGUCGAAUAGCAAAGCAAUCGCCAUCUUCACGAUUGUGACGGUCAUCUUUCUGCCUCUGUCGUUUGUGACCUCCUACCUCGGCAUGAAUAGCGUCGACAUCCGAGACGGGACCUUCAACCAGAGCUUGUUCUGGAUUGCAGAGUCUGAGGAGACGGUGGCCUCGUCGAAGACUGCGUGGAUUUCUGCGGAUGAUUGCAUUUUGGUUCUACGGAGCCGCGAGUACGGUGCCCGGUGGUUCCGCAUCGAGUCGGACAACAAGGGAAACUACUAUAAUGUGAACAAGGCCAGUGCUAUGUGA